AUGGAACUUUGGAUGCUCUUCGGCUUUUGUCUGUAUCUCGUUGCAACGACGGCGAAAUCGUCAGGAGCAAAAACCUGUCACCGUGGAUUAAGACGACAACUUUGCAGGAGAAUAAUAAGCGUAGAGAUAAACGUGAAACUGCACGUGCAGAUCGUGCAUCGCGAGGAAUCGCAUUAUAGAUUCUGUAAGAAUUCACUUUCUAAUGUCUCUGCACGAUUUUCAAUAUUCAUAUAUGCAGCGGUUCGGUCCGUUGCAUCGUUCAAUGAUACUGAUGCACUGCACUGCAUCCACAUAUGUAAAAAUAUAUUUAUGGGGCGUUCCACGCCAAACCGUAUACGUUUCAUUAAAUUUCACCAUGAAAAUUACCAGGAGGCCAAAUCUCCUGACUCACAAUUCGACGAAAAUUCGGACUCCGAAGGACAGGAUUCAGCGUUUUUUGACACCCAACCGGGUCUAAAAGACCAAGAAAUUUCUGCAGAAGCCCGAAGACCAAGUCUUGUAGACCCCGAAGUCGCUGAUCAACUAGAAGGAAACGGAUGGCUAGACGUAAUUCCCGGGACGCCUGGAAAGGACUAUCCAAACUACGAUGGUAUUCCCGAAACCUCCUUCACGUGCCAGGGCAAAACACCCGGAGGCUAUUAUGCCGAUAUUGAGGCACGCUGUCAGGUUUUCCACGUCUGUAACACCGAUGGUAAAAAAAGUUCCUUCAUCUGUCCAAGCGGCAGUAUAUUCAACCAGAAAUACUUGGUCUGCGAUUGGUGGUACGAUUUCGAGUGCGAUGACGCUACGGAUCUUUACUCGCUAAACGAAAAGGUGAACCGAGGAGGCACAGGAUCGGGUCCUUCAGGACCAGGCAGGACCACGCAGGAGGUUAUCGAGCCCCUGAACCUGCAGGAGGGAAAUUUUGUGGCCGAGGGUUUCGAGCUAUCGCUUGCCGGAACCGGCGAAGGGGGUCCAGGAUACGCGAGGAAUGGAAAGAGUCGAGGAUUCCAGAGCAACGUGGAGGAAGAGGAGAAGAAUGCGGGGAAAUUGGCUUCCGGUAAGGAGGCGGAAGGACGCGAUGGAAGGAAACCAGCCGCUUCGUCUUCUCCGGAUAAAGAUCGGCAAUUCCAAGCGGGAGAAAAUUCUCGGGGUAAUUAUCGGGCCGGAAACGCGGUCGAGGAGCCUCAGAGGGCGGCGGGGAAUCCUCAUUUCCGGAACGGACGUCACGGCGAGGAAUCGAACGGAUUCAGCGAAAACCUUAACGACGUCUCUUAUGAUAAUAAUCAGCCUCGAGGAAGCCGGUUAGAAGAGCGACGCGUUCGCCAGAGGAACCGGAAGUUCGGGGAAAAGCGGUUGGAUCGUGAAAGAAACGAGGAUAACGAUAACCCCGUGGAUUUCGACAAGGAGGAUCAAAGAGGGGGAGAAAAUUUUGAACCUGCGUCAGAGUUUGGUCUCCAUAAAACGGAAGUUGUCGGUCAAAAUAUCCGCCAAAAUUAUCCGCGAAAGAAUUCUUCGGACAGAGUUCGGAAACCGGAAGGAAAAAAUCAACAGAAUGAUUAUCUACUUGGUAUUGUUCAGGACGAAGGCAAGACCGGAAAUUCACAAGCUAAUUAUAAUCAGCCGAGAAGAUAUGUGCCGAUUUUAUAA